UGUUCUUCUCACGGAAAACCAUAGGGGAAAGUGUUAAAAGAAAUCUGGGGUAUAAAAUUAAUGAAAGCAUGAAUUAUUAAAUAGCCCCAAGAUGUUGUGGUCCAACAAAAGUCACGGGUAUGUCAAUAAAUUGAAUAAGUUAAGGUGUAAGUAAUCAAUGAAAAGAAACAAUAAGGCAACAGAUGUUUAUGUGUGUGUAUGUUUGUAUGUGCAUCAUUGUAAAGAAAGGAAAACUAUUACUCACUAAUGCAAAUGGACUUUUACUUAUACAAUAUGUUUAUAUGAAAUCUUGCUGUCGUUAUUUGUGUUUUAUUUUUGAUAUCAAAUCAUAUACAGUCAUGUUUUGUGGUGAAUUUAAUACAUGAAAUUUGUUUGAAAAUUCUUAUAUUUUGUGAUAAUUCAGGAUUUAUAAAGUAUGGAUAAUUAGGAGAUAAUAGACAGAACAAAAGAAGAAAAAAGCUGGGAGGAAUUUUCAACUUGUAUAUUUGGGAACUUUGAAUUAAAGAAAAACAAGAUGGCUUAUUCAAGAGUCAUGCCAUCUGUGAUCCUUUUGACCUUGACCUUGAUUAUAGGGCUGGUUCCCUGUAAUGCAGGAACUGUCUCCUUUAUAGACACACAAGUUAUAGAAAGUGAGGGAAACCAGUUUAGUUUGAGAAUUAGGCAUACAGGGGAUUUAACACAGAUUGUUAAUGCUAUAGUUAGAGUUGACAAUAUCAACCAAGAUUUUGUGGGAAGUAGUCAGGUCGCGUCAUUUGCCCCUGGUGGAGACGGCACGGCCACAGUAACAUUUAUGAUAAACGACGAUGACGAGCCAGAAAUCGAAGAAACUUACACGUUCGUGUUGGAGACGAUAAGUCCCGGGACAACCGUGACGGUACCAAACAUGGCCACUGUGAUUAUACAGGCAAAUGACGAUGCAUAUGGUGUGUUUAGCAUUACAGAUGAAUCUCCAAUAUACGAGACUGAACACCCUAUCUUUCCGAGGAUCAUUAAAGUGAAUGUAAGUCGUACUAUUGGGACAUAUGGUCAAGUCACUGUCAAUUACAAGUUAGAGAGUAGCGACCCAGCGGCUAUCGUGGGUACAGACAUUGCUCCUGCCUUCAGCUCUAUUGUAUUCUUCAAUAAUGAAAAUAGUGAGAUUAUAGAAAUCCAGGUUUUUCCUGACGAGAUUCCGGAGAAUGAUGAAGAGUUUAUGUUAGUAUUGACUAGCGCAACAAAAGGGGCAAGAGUGUUAGACAACAACAUUACCAUAAUAAUAAAGGCCAAUGAUGCUCCGAUCAGAUUUACACAGAGUGAAUUCCGGUUUGACGAAAGCCCUGCUUAUAGGGAUUACACAUUAACAGUAAAUCGUGGCCUGGACGUUGAUGGAGUUACCCCUAUCGGUCCAGCAGACGGAAUUGUAACGGUAGAUUAUCGGUUGUUACCGAAUAGCGCAUCACUUGGUCCAGAUUUUAGAGGCGUGAAUGGUGCCAGUGCCGGCCAGGUGGUAUUUCCGGCUGGUGUCAGAACGUCCAGUGUGACAGUACAAAUAAUAGACGACGCUCUACCAGAACUAGAGGAAUUCUUCCAGGUUGUUUUAUCAAACCCAACAGGAGAUGCUGUACUGGAACAGCCAAACGAAGUCAAUGUUUACAUAAAUGACAAUGAUUUUGCGAAUGGUAUACUUAGUUUGCAGACGACAGGUAUUCUGUCCGUGCCUCUUCAACAAAUUAACGAGGAUACUGAUUCUGAUGCAGUUUUCACGGUUAUUCGGUCCGCUGGUGCAUUCGGCGAGGUAAGCGUUGAUUGGCAGAUUAUUCGAAAGGGUGCGUCAGCUGAUCCAGUUAACCUUGACAUUACGCCAAUUAGCGGGACGGUCACUUUUGCUUCGGAGGAGCGGGAAAAAGUGAUACUUCUAGAUAUAGUGCAGGAUUCAAUACCGGAGCCAGCAGAAGAAUUUAUAAUACGUCUUAUCAAAGGAAGUGAAACAAAUGGAGCCCAGAUCCGUGGAAUUUCUGAGGGAACCAUUAUUAUUGAAGACAGUGAUGAUGUAUACGGUAUCGUUGAAUUUGCAGCCGACAUUGAGCAGAAAUUAGUAAUAAGUUCAGUUCCUAGGGAGUUACAGUUAAAGAUCAAGAGAACUGGACAGAAUGUUGGUGACCUUCACAUUAAUCUUACUGUUACAUACAUACCAACAGUUGGUGGCAGUGCAGACGUGCUUGAGGACACGGACAUUUCCACGGUGAUGUCGGCUGUAGACAAGGAAAUGAUUCAACACAUUCAUCUGUUUCCGUCUGCUUUUAUUCAAGUCGGGGGCCGGUUUGUUGCUGAAUUACAGGGUGUCAGACUCGUAGCUGAGCCAGCUAUUGGUGCAUUUAAUAGUCCUGACCUAGGGUCAAAGGUCACUACCACAGUUACUGUGACAUCAGCUGAAGCCAAUGGAGAAAUUGGUUUCAUGUCCCUAGAGACUGUUAUAAUUGAAGAAUUGCCAUUCAGUCCAAAUCAAGUUGAGAUAAUGUUGACGAGGGAAGGCGUGAGCGGGGACGCUACUAUAAGCUGGAGUUUGAGAGGCACGGGUGUCAACGCCGCACAGGUCACUGCCGAUGAUGUCGCACAAAUGGACGGAACGGUCAUUAUGUCAACAGGCAUGUCUGAGACAAGUUUCAUGAUAACCGUACAACCGGAUGAUGUACCGGAACUCGAUGAAGAGAUGACCUUGACCUUAACCGGAGUCAAUCCGGUAACUCAACGACUUAGACAAGGAGCGGUGCAGAAAAUUAUCAUAAUCAAACAAAAUGAUAAUCCUGGGGGCGUGUUCCAGUUUGCCGAGAGUAACCCUCUACAGUUCACCCUCAAUGAAGGAGAUACACCUGUAGAGUUUACUGUAGAACGUAAAGACGGAGAUCUGCUAGAACAAUCUAUACAGUACAUCAUUGAGAACGGUGAAGACGAUUUCUACGGAGCCACAAAUGUAUUAACGUUCCCUCCUGGAGUUAUGUUUAAAAAAUUCUCUGUCGCAGCUAAACAAGAUGGCAUUCCAGAGAUGGAAGAGAUAUUUACACUACGUAUACAAAGUUUCGGGGACAGUGAGGCGGUUAUCGGAGAAAGAUCGAAUGUUGAGCUUCGCAUCACCAAGAAUGAUGAGCCACAUGGUGUCUUGCAGAUUGUGGAACGUUCUGUUACCAUUGGUGAAAGUAAACAAGAUAAGAGAGAGGUUGCUACGGUAACAGUUAAACGAUCUAUGGGAUUGUACGGAAGUGUGCAGGUGAAAUGGACAGUUAACCCCUCAGAUGAACUUGACCUUCGACCUUCAUCAGGCUUUGUGACCUUCAUCUCAGACCAAGAUACAGCUUUCAUUAAUCUAGAGUCUGUGCCAGAUGAGAUAACAGAACCUGAUGAAAGUUUCACAUUGACUUUGAGCGAACCACAAGGGGGCGCUGUGAUUGGUCAGAACUCUGUGUGUACUAUUAUCAUCAGGGCGAACGACUAUCCAGUAUAUUUUCAAGCUCCGGUGUAUGAAAUGGAAGAGCCAUCGCAGAUCUUUGUAGUCAUCCUCCGUGACGGACCCACCGACUUGCCUGUCUCACUGAAAUAUCAAACUAUUGAUGGAACAGCCAGCAAUUUAACUGGUGAUUAUGAGCCGAUAGUAAAUGGUCUGGUGACCUUUAACUUGGGUGAGGCGAGAAAAGAAGUGCUGGUUCGAGCCCUGGAUGAUUCUGUGCCCGAGGGUCGGGAGAGUUUCUACGUACAGGUCUAUGACAUCAUAGGGGAUGUUGUUUUCAACAGUUCAAAUCAAGCCACCAUUACCAUACUAGAUAAUGAUGAAGCUUAUGGUGUUUUUCACUUUAUUGCCCCAUUUUCACAAGAAACCGAAGAGGGCAGCACUGUCCGAUACGGUAUAACAAGAGAUGCGGGAACGUUUGGAGGGGUGGACGUUUUCUACGAACUGUUUAGCGUGGACACAAAUCAGAGAGCCUUCAAUGGUGGUGAUUUUAAUGUUGCCGAAGGUCUGAGCGAGCGGUUCGAGAAAGGGGACAAAACCAAGUACAUCUCACUGACACCGAAUGAUGAUGGGGAGCCCGAAAAUGAGAAAACUUACAGGAUCGUGAUCAGCAGACUUGACGUGUUUGAUGGACGAAUGGAUGUUGCACUUGCUCGGAUAUCUGACGUUGAUGCCACGGCAACAAUAACAAUACUGGAGAGUGACAGUCCAAAUGGCAAGUUCGGUUUCCCGAUAGAAUCGCAGGAAAAGAGCAUAGCGGAAGAUUUCUACCCGGGUAUGGAGAGCACUACCAGGACGAGUUUGACUGUAGAACGUAGGAUGGGAAUUUUUGGUACAGUCGAGGUGAUGUGGGAAGCAUACUCAGACAAAGUCGCUGGGGGUCUGCCAAAAGCUUAUGACCUCAUUUUUCAUAGAACCGUCCAAUCAAACUUGCUUCUGGUGCCCAACAUGCGUAGACCUGGAACCGGAACUGAUGUUGUAUCUUUACCAGGAAAUUCAGAGGCAUAUAUCCUGGUUGACAAUGAUUUCCACCCGCCCAUGACUGAGAUAAUUGACGGUUUUAGUAUUAGUGCCUGGGUCCAGCCGUUGGCAUCUUGUAAUGGUUAUAUUAUGGCUAAAACCAACCCUGACGGUUCCCGGCAUUUCUAUACGCUCAAAUUGACCACAAAUAGUCUACAGACCAACCUCACCUUUGGGUACUCCAUCACUGGGUUAAACGGGAAUGCCUUUGAAACAGUGACUUACCGGCAAAACAUUGAAGAUAAACUAUGGCACCUUGUGGCAUUGACAGUUGACCUUCAAAUUGUAAACUUCUUUAUAGACGGGAACAUGGUAGGAUCCCGGUCCCUGGCCACGGCACAAUCUGUGAUAGACUUUGACAAUGGCCGGCUCUCGGCUGGAGCCAAAUACCCGGGUACCGAACAAUUCAGUGGUUACUUACAAGAUGUGAGAGUGUAUAACAGGAAGUUUACGGACGACGAGAUUCUGGAGCUAUAUCAGAUGCCAGCCAGACUCGACAUAACUCCGAUUUCUGGCUAUCUUGUGUAUCCGUCUGCCAUCAGGAAUAAAUUUAUUGACAUUCGGUCAAUACAGGACACUGAGGAGGAGGGAGCUGAAAGGUUCACGAUCCGCCUUCUUGCUGGGAGAGGCGGAGCUUCACUCUCUUUGAAUGAUAACAUUGCAACAUUGACAGUCUUGAAGAGUGACAAUGCCAACGGGUUAUUCUAUUUUCCACAACAAUGUCAACCUGCCCAGCCAAUCUCAGAAGGUAUUAGUAUCACAUGCACAAUAGGUCGUCGUCGUGGAGACGAUGGUCAGGUGGUAGUGACUUGGGCAGCGUACCAGAAUAUCUCUGGUCAGUUUAUCCUAGCCACACAGGACUUUGUCGAGUAUACAGGUCAAGUUGUGUUUGAGGCUGGUGAUAGGUCAGAGAUGUUCACAGUACAGCUCACGGUUGACGGUAUACCUGAGCCGGAAGAAAUGUUCGAGAUACGACUUAUCGAAGUAAACACUGGAGACGGUGUUGUAGGCAGUACAAACACGAGUGGUGCGAGUAUCGAUAAUCUACUACGUACCUCUGUUGUAAUAAUGAGGGAGAAUGACUAUCCGAAUGGCUUAUUGCAGUUUUCAACGUCCCUUAUACCUCCAGGACCGGGGGAUCCAUUUAUACCCCCAGCUGAGGAGAGGCCGACGGUAAGAGUUGCAGAGGAAGAUGGGAUAGCUCGCCUCCUGGUGGUGAGGGCACAGGGUUAUCAAGGGGAGAUAACUGUUGAAUGGAAGACAACUGAUGGAACAGCAAAAAGUUUUGGGAAAACUCCUCCAGAUUAUUCUGCUGCGGUUGGUCGUAUAACAAUGAGAGAUGGAGAGAGAUACGCGUACAUUGAUAUCGCUAUCAUAGACAAUAUCAUACCCGAGGACGAGAAAACGUUCAUCGUCACAUUGUUGAACCCCUCUGGUGGCGCACAGUUAGGGAUCGGGUCUGAAAUUGUCGUAGUGAUCGAGCAUUCUGACGGGGCAUUUGGCGUGUUUCAGUUCAAGGAAAACUCACGGCAGAUACGCGCACAGGAAACGGGCGAUAGUAGUUCAAAUAUAGUUGUGUUACAGAUGGAGCGCACAGGGGGCAGUAUCGGUGAGGUGAUAGUCACAUGGCAGGUACUGAGUGAUAAGGGAAAUGACAUAGUGGACCACACCGGUAACGUGACCUUCAGUAACGGACAGCUGUCUGGCGACAUAGGGUUAAAGGUCAGGGGCGAUCCCAUACCGGAACUGGAUGAACUUUUUAUUGUAGAGAUAAUUGCUGUGUCAAGGGGAGAUAAGGGUCAGUUUUUGAGGUCAGAGGUCACGGUUUUGGCAAAUGAUGACCCCUAUGGUAGAUUUGUGAUACCAGCGGCUACAAGAACCAAGAACGUAGAAGAGGCCAAUACAAUGGUUUCCAUGGAAAUCCAGAGACAAGGCGGAAUGUUUGGCGUCAUUGAAGUAAAUUACACAACCCUAUCACCUCAAGAAACCUAUUCAUUUAUUCCACCAUUGGUUAAAAGGGCUGACCUUGAAGAUUAUAGAAUGUCAUCAGGGUCAGUGACCUUUGACAUUGACCAAGAGUUCGCGACCUUUGAGGUCGAGAUUUUGGAUGAUGAUAAGCCAGAGGAAGAUGAAUCUGUGUAUGUGAGGUUAAUUGGGGUCAAGAUUAUUCAAGCAGCCCAGAUAAGGCCAGUGGAUAAUUCUCCGAGUAUUGGAUCAGAAUCAGAAUCUUACGGAGAGAUAAUUAUUAAUUUGAACGACAACGCUAACGGGGAACUUGUUCUGUCACCAGUCUCGCCACUUGUUCCUGAGAACCAGAAGGAACCCUUCUUGUUUGUUACACGGUAUGGCGGAGCUUUUGGUCAGGUCACUGUUACUGUAGUUGUAACAGACGGGACUGCUUUACAAGGUCUGGAUUACGUUUUGCUGUCAUCUCAAGUGACCUUAGAGAGAGGUCAGACGUCUGCUGCCGUCCCUAUACGUAUAGAAGAUGACACCAUACCUGAGUUUCAAGAAACGUUUACGGUACGGUUAGACCAGGUGUCGGGAGGAGGCGUACUUGGCACAAUCACCAGUACGACGGUUACCAUAGACACCUCAGAUGAUCCCAAUGGAGUAUUUGAAUUUACAGAAGACGGUAUAUCCGUAGAGGAACCAGAAUCUGAUAGAAGUAAUGUAGAAAUAACUGUUCAAAGGUCAGGAGGCACAACAGGGGUGAUAACACUAAACUGGGAGGCAACUCUAAAUGGAAAUACUGCGAUCGAUGAUUUUACACCAACAACUGGUACCAUAUUCUAUGUUAGUAACGAGGGAAGUAAGAGGUUCAUCAUCUCGGUUCUACCUGACGAUAUACCGGAAGGUCAAGAGGAUUUUGAGAUAAAGUUGACAUCGGUAUCUGCGGGUAGAAUUGGACCAAAGAACGUGUUUACUCUGUCUAUACCAUCUAAUGAUAAUCCUCACGGUGUUGUGGAAUUCGCGCAGACUCGUUACUCUGUACAGGAACAGUUGACAGACUCGCAACAAAGUCUUUUACUCACAAGAACAGGAGGUAGUUUUGGUCAGUUGCGAGUUUACUAUAUGACGGCCAAGCUGGUGUAUGUACAUGAAAAUAUAAUUGAAACAGUUACCAGUGUACUUGAUUAUUUCCACACCCCAUUGUUCGGAAGCAGAAGUGUCCAAGGUGAAGACAUUUCUAUUCUCCCUUCUGAAGAUCCAGUAAGGGUCUGUGCUACCGCCUGUUUGAGGAAGAUUUCCUGCAGUUCAUUUGAGGUGUAUUUCUCGGACAGUACACGAAUGUGUACAUUACAUGACACGACUGGUGACCUACAAAUAUUGUCAUCAAACUUCCAGUACUAUGAGAAAGAUUUUGUCAAGGCUGGAGAGUUAGUCGGUGUGCAUGCAACCCCAGGAGAUGAUUACACUGUCGUUACCAGUGGUUAUGUUCUUAUCGAUCAAGAUGAAACCAGCGGAGAAAUUCCGGUUACCAUCAAAGCUGAUAAUAUACCGGAACUCGAUGAAAAGUUUGUUGUCAUGUUAACCAGAGUUGACGUGGCUGGUGAACUGCCGUCUGCUGAGAACACGCCGUAUCUAGGGGAGACGAGAAAUGCUACAGUUACGAUAUUGGCUAAUGAUGAUACGUAUGGGGCUUUUACAGUGUACAGUGACAGUCCCCUGGCCUCCGAUGGUGGUCAUGUGAUCCAGGUGGAGGAAAAAGAAAACCUGGCAGUAGAACUUGUGGUUGAGAGACAAGGAGGUACCAUCGGUGAGGUGUCUAUUGACUGGUCUGUGGAUCAAGGUGCCAGCACGGCACAGUACAAUGUGGAUUACAGGGCUGAUGGUGCAACUCUCACCUUCUUACCAGGAGAUACCAGAAAAUUAAUCAGUAUAACGGUGUUAGAUGAUAAUGUACCGGAACUUGCCAAAAACGUCAUUGUCCGGCUGAGCAACGUUCAAGGGGGAGCAACUAUAAAAUACGACAAUGCCACUGUUGUGAUUCUAGAGAAUGAUAACAUUGCUGGAGUGGUCUCCCUUAGUUCAACCUCUAUCCAGGCUGAGGAAGGUGAUACGGUAAGCGUGGAUGUACUGAGGGAACCGUCAGAGUUUGGUACCGUCACUGUUAACUGGCGAAUAAAUGGUCUCCGAAAUCUGGACCCGGCCAAAUCUUUCCAGGUUUAUGAAGGAACUGUCGUGUUUCAACCUGAAGAGAAUAGGAAGUCCAUUGUUUUAGAUGUGUUGACAGAUAACAUACCGGAACUAAAUGAAGAGUACCAACUCGUUCUUACUACCAUCACCACUACAGGUGUAGGUAUUAGUGGGGCUGCUGUGUUUGACCAGUUACUACGUACAGCCAGUAUAACAAUAGCUGGUAGUAACAACCCACACGGUGUUAUACAGUUCGGUAGUAACUCGCUUAAUGUACGAGUAGACGAGGGCGCAGGCACUGUUAAUAUACAGGUGGAUAGGAAGUUUGGCGCUAUAGGUGCAAUUCGCAUAGACUACGAAAUAACAACGGGUUCGGUCUCCCUCACAAAUUCUGAAUUACAACUUGCCACGCCGUCUGCUGAUUUUGUAUCAAGGAGAGGGUUUAUUACGAUGGCUGAUGGAGUUGCCUCCUCUUCUAUUGCUGUGACAAUAAUCGAUGACCUUGACCCGGAAGUGGAUGAGGUUUUUGUUGUGCGUCUGCUGAAUGUGACGAUGGUUGGUACAGGAGUGCCGUCUGAUCCCCCUGUAUUAGGAAGUACUGGAUUGGUUUCCCAGGUAAUCAUCAAUGCUAACGAUGGGACCAAAGGCGAGGUCAUAUUUGCCCAGGGGUCGUCUGUAGUAUCUGUUGACGAAGUAAGCAGAAAUAUAUCACUGACCGUAAGUCGUGAGAGAGGAACCUUCGGGGACGUGUCUGUUUACUUCUAUGUGGACAGCAUUGUGGAGGGAACUAAUAUGGGACUUGAUUACAAAGUGACACCACAGGAGAUAAUAUUUCUGAACGGGGACCGGACCAAACAGAUUCAGAUAGAGAUUAUCAAUGAUGAUAUACCAGAACCUGACGAGGUAUUUGAGGUUGUACUCUCUAACCCUAAAAAUGGACUUGUGCUUGGAACGCCUAGCAGAGCCACUGUGACAAUACUAGCCAAUGACGAUGCAGCAGGAUUUGUGUAUUUUGAGGACAUUGACCCUGUGACCUUGGAUGAGCCAACAGCAGACGACACCCUGGUAACAUCUGCUGAGUUUGUGAUUCAGCGCGGACCAGGAAUGUAUGGUGUAGUAAAUGUGCCAUUUGAGAUAGUUCCUGAGAUCGAUACUAACAGAGAUGACCUGUCCCCGAUGCAAGGUCUUGCUACAUUUCAAAAUAAACAGACAUCGGCAAGUAUAACCAUCACAGUACUGGAUGACAACAUACCCGAGGAUGCUGAGAGAUUCACGCUAACAUUACUACCUCCAGACGGGACCGCUAAGCUGGGGACAAAAAUACAGAGAACCAUCAUAAUCAACUCGAAUGACUCGCCGAACGGUUUACUGAGUCUGUAUGCAGCAAAUACAAAAAUGCGAGAAAUAUCAGUUGAAGAGGGCGUAGGAAUGUUACAUUUUGAGGUCAUCCGUACCCAGGGAAUGGAAGGUCAGGUGAUGGUUGACGUAGCAACAGAGCCGGGUACUGCCACCACUACUGCAGAUAUAUCGGCUGUUAGUCUGGUACCCAUACAGGUUCUUGGAACUACUUAUGUGGAAGACUGGUCGAGUUUCAUGAUCAAUGAUACUGUGUUUAUAUUGAUGCAUAAACCGUCUGUUGUUGGAGAGAUGACCUCACCACUGGGGUCACAGGGGUCAGUAGGGCCGGUUGACAUGGCAACACUCAUGUACACAACAUUGUUCAGAUGGCAAGGGGAACUGGUACCUAUUCAGACUGUAGAAACAGAUGGUAUAUCCUCAUUAAAGGCAUUUGUCAUUGAUGGUGUACAAUAUCUGGUGAUUACAAACAAAGGUAACCAUAACAGAUACGAGACACACAGUCGACUGUACAGGGUAGACAACAGUGGACAACUCUUACUGAUACAAAAUCUUGAUAGCCGAGGGGCAACCGAUGUCGUUUACUUCAACCGGAACAAUAUUCACUAUUUAGUGAUAGCAAACUCGCAAGACAACGGUGGAAACACAGAGGUCAAUACUGACAUAUGGCGCUGGGAACCAGUCCAAAAACAAUUCAGCAAAGUUUCAACUUUACGCACACUGGGCGCCAGUUCUCUUGCAGUAUUUGAAAUUGAGGAUAAGAUUUUUCUAGCUGUUACAAACUUUUAUGACUCAGUCCAGAAGUCGUACCAAUUAGAUUCAAAGAUAUACAAGUUUGACGCCACUGAGAAAUUUUCACAACAUCAAAACAUACCAACAUCUGGGGCUAUCGAUGUUAAACACAUCAGAAUUCGCUCCCUUGAUCUGCUGAUAUUCGCCAACAAUCGGGACAACACGGUGAGCAGUCCGCAGAAAUCAGACGUGUAUCGCUGGGAUAUCACAGCGCAAGGAUUUGUUCUGCAUGAACGACUCGAGACGAAUCGUGUUGAAAAUGUAGAACUGUUCACAGCUUUUGAUGACACAGUUUAUGCAAUAUUUGCAAACACAAUCGGGUCAUCUGAGAUUUUUUCCUGGGAGGUUCAGGCCAGUCAUUUUGAGUUAGUGUGGACUGGUCGGCCGUCACUUAGUAUGGUUCCAAUUACGAUCCCUCAAGUUUCCGGACAAAUGAACCUGAUUGCUAUAGCCGAUAAAAAUAUAACAACAAACCCAGUCAUAUACCAGCUUAUCAAGGUUAAGGACAGCGACUUUGCCCCAAGAACUGUCACAAUGACUUUGGAUGCAGGACAAGAUAUUUUAAGGACGACCAUGUACGUAAUGCAGGACACGAUUCCAGAGGACACUGAAACAUUUUAUGUGUUUCUACGUACACCACAAGGGGGCGCUGAGAUAGGCGUUAAUAAUAGAAUUGCCGUAAACAUUUUAUCAAAUGAUAAUGCCCAUGGUAUAAUUGAAAUAGCACAGGAUUCACUGGAAAUACGAGCCCAAGAGUUACCGGGUAGAGAUAAUCCGCAACCUGUGAAUAUCAUACGUCACCAAGGUUAUUUUGGUCAUGUGACAGUGAAAUGGGUUGCUACGGGAGACCAUGACGGCACCAAUGACAUCACACCACUUGAAGGACUGAUUGAAAUUGCCGAUGGCCAUUCGGGAGCCACCAUUACUCUGACAAUUCGAGAUGAUGACAUUGCAGAAUUACAGGAAGUGACCUACAUACAACUGACCCAGAUUGUUGACACUGGAACGGUACUGCCUGGCAGGGGAGCUCAAAUAGGUGAGAACAAGACCGCUAAACUGAUUGUCUUGGCAAAUGAUUCACCGUACGGUGUUGUGAAGUGGAGGCAGGUGGCUGUAUCUACAAAGGAACCGGAAGGGUCCGACCAGGUCGUUACAUUGAACAUCAUUAGAGAGCAGGGUCUGGCAGGAGAUCUUCAAAUCACCUUCUCGACGUCAGUGGAUACCAGUCUACCUGUGAAGCAACAGGCUAUAUCAGGAAUGGAUUAUAUAUCACAGUCUAACAGUAUGGUGGUGUUACAGGAAAACACAACGUCUGUCUUUGUCGAGGUGGUUAUAAAGCAGGACGAUUUACCAGAGCCGGCUGAAAAAUUCCUAGUAAAUAUCACAGGUGUUAGUGUACUAGGAGGGGCACCAGCUCCGGGAGCAGAACCCAGCAUCCGUAUCCCUGGCAACAUCGUCACGGUAACAAUUGAAGAAAAUGAUAACGCCAGGGGUAUAGUGGAAUUUGACGUGACCACAAAUAUUGAAGGCAGAGUUGACGUGUAUGAAGAAUACGGAAGGAAUUCUACACUUCGACUCCGGGUGACCAGGUCUGUAGGUUUUUUCGGUCCGAUCACCGUCACCUGGAAUGCUGCACCAUGGGAAGCUACGAGUAUGGACUACAGUCCGUUAAGUGGGACACUUAAUUUUGCCGAGGAUCAAGAAAAUGCAGACAUUUUGAUCACUAUUUUAGAUGAUACUGUGUCAGAAGAAUUAGAGACAUUUUAUGUACGUUUGGUGAACGUGACUGGGGGCGCGGCUCUUGGAACCCGACAGGAAGUGAGGGUAGGGAUACUGAAGAACGACUCACCAAAUGGACUGUUUAGGUUUGUGACAUCCCCCUUGGUUGUGCGGGAAUCUAAAUCUCCCACAGACCCAGAUGGCGAGGUUCGACUGGGCGUAGAGAGGAUUCAGGGAUCAGAUGGCAGCGUUAAUGUACAGUGGAGACUGAAUGCAGAGGCUGUGUAUGACUUUUAUGAACCGCAUACAGGAACGCUACAAUUUGCACAGGGCGAGAAAUCAAAGCAGCUGUCAUUGAGGACGCGACCAGAUAAUAUCCUCGAGGGUGAGGAGAGAUUCCGAGCCUCGUUGAUCACCGCCGACAACAAUGGCGACAUCUCGCACACCCAAGGGGAUGUAGAAAUAAUAGUACUGGCUGACCCAGGGGCAAGUGGUACUAUCUCAAUCUUACCAGAAUAUAGGACAGUGUAUGUUGGGGAACCAGGGGAGUCGGAUCCAAAUUAUGACGGGAAGGUACAGAUUGUUCUGACGCGUGGAGCCGGUAUCUAUGGUGAAGUGACCGUAUCGUGGUCUGUAACUCCACGGCAACCAGCCCCAGCUUUUCUACGGAAUGAAGGAACCAUAACUAUCACAGAUCUACAACGGGAAGCUGCGAUUACAUUAGAGGCGCUAGAUGACACAGAACCAGAGAGCCGCUUUGUUUAUACGCUAAAACUAACUUCUGCCACAGGGGGCGCUGUACUUUCCGAUGUGACGUCUGCUAUUACAGCAAAUAUUGUAUAUGCGGCCAGUGAUUAUCCACACGGGGAGUUUGUGUUUGAUCUACCGCAGGAAUAUGUUACCACCGAGGAUAUGUAUUCUGUGAGUUUUCCGGUCAUCAGACGGGCAGGAAAGAACAGUAGAGUAUUUGUGACUUACAAGACGUAUCCUGGCACCGCCCUUGCGCACGAGGACUACUUUCCAGAGGAGGGCACGUUGACAUUUGAGCAUGGUGCCGACCAUGCCCUGAUAGACAUACAACUAAAGCAGGAUGAUAUUCCCGAGGGCCCUGAAAGCUUCUAUGUGAAUCUGACUUCAGUUAGGCUCGUUGAUGACAGCAUAAAUAACUACACUAAAGUAGCCAGGCUACAGCUGGACCAGCCCCCUGUGAUUGGUUCCCUGAAUGUGAAGGAAGUUAUCAUUGAAAGAAAUGACAAUGCUGAGGGAACCAUCCAGUUCACAGAUGAGGGAGUCAACUUUUAUGUCACUGAGGAAGAGGGCAUGGCUAAGAUACCAGUGAUCAGAAAUGGGGGGAGUUACGGGGCAGUCUCUGUACUGUAUAGGACAAUCAAUGACUCCGCCUCCGAGGGGAUAGAUUAUGUACGCCCACCUGGUGAACUGAGAUUUGCCGAUGGACAAAGUGAGGCCACUCUUGAUGUGACGAUAAAAAACGAUCCAAAAUGGAAUUUUAAAAAUUUCACGUUUUUAAAAACCCCAAAAAUUGAUGACCAAUCUCGCGGAGCUUUAUUAGGAGAUAAGACAAUAAGUACAGUAACGAUCGCCAAAUCUGACUACCCUAAUGGAAACUUCGGUUUUAACAGUAGAUUGAAUAUUAUAUUGGACAACCCAUCUUCUACAAACACAACCAUGCUCUCCGUAGGACGAACAGGCGGCCUUACUGGUCAACAAACGGUUUACUGGAGAAUCUAUGGCCCAAACAAUCCAAGUGUGCCUCUAGAAUCUACAGAGGACGUAGCAUUUGUGACCGAGAGUCGGGAAUUCACCUCCGGCAAUCUGCUGUGGGAAGACGGGGAGGCGGGAAAUAAGACGUUUAUCCUGAAUAUAAAAUCAUUCUCCAGCUGGGAGAUAGAAAAAGUGUUUGUAAUUAAACUAGAGUCGAUUAUCGGAUUUCCAAGCACUGUAGGUAACGGAGAGGUGGGCCCGAUGCAAGGAAGUGUUGUUUUAACUAUAAGAAAGUUUGGUGAUCCAAAUGGUAUUGUAAGAUUUUCUGGACCAGCCCAGCAAGUUCGAGAAGUGGAAGAACCUGAGGGGUCAGGAACCUUGACCUUACAGUUUCCAAUCAUAAGACGAGAGGACACGGGCAAAAUCGGAAACAUUGAGGUAUUUUGGGAAGUGUCUGGACCGUUUGGAGACCUGGCUGAUGUUCAGCCUAGAAAUGGAUCGGUCAUACUGGCGGACGAAGACCGGUUGGGAGAUAUAUUUCUAGAAGUUCUGUCAGAUGACAUACCGGAACUUACCGAAACAUUUCAGCUUGAAAUCACCAAAAUUGUUGGCGGGGCAUUAAUCGACACCCAAUAUAGAACAUCAACUUUUAGAAUUAGGUACAAUGAUGACCCACACGGAGUGUUCGGUAUUAUACCGGAAUACCAGACCGUUAUUGUAGAUCCGGUUGACCUGACGAGAUAUGUUCAACUUAAUUUUACACGAUACCGAGGACAAUUUGGAAACGUUUUCCUGGCCUUUAAUAUCAAAUAUGAUGUUGACCAGGUUGGCAUCGUGUUAAAAUUGAGUGACCCGACGGUGACGUUUGGGGAGAAUGAGGGUAACAAGAUUGUACAGAUUGAGGUACAGGGGACAGGGUUCCUCGAAGUGGACACCACAUUCUCUCUGUCCCUGGGCGAGGUCCAGUAUCUAGGGGCUGGGCUUACAUCAAAAUGGGACGUUCCGGAGUUGUUUGCCGUGCACCUACCAGUGGCUCCCUCUACAACGGUGGCUGGAGGUUCGAGACUUUUACAAGACCAUACAGUGGUCCGGAUAGAGCCAUAUGGUUUGUUGAGGUUUGCAGACAAUUCAACCAAACCGUCAGUUUCAGAAAUGUUCGGAAAGAUUUAUCUGCAUGUCUUACGACUGUAUGGUUCAGAAGGUAAAGUUGAAGCCAGGUACCGCGUGGAGGGUAUAACUGCGGUUCCCGAGAUAGACUUUAACACUGUAGAUAACAACGCUGUUGUCAUGGAACCAGGCCAAACUUCGGCUCUUAUUAUGAUAGAGGUAUUACAAGACAACAGUCCAGAGCAGGAAGAAAUUUUCCAUGUUAAUCUGACAGAUGUUGAAAAAUUUCCAACUGAAACAACACCAAGUAUAUCACCGCGUAUCAGCUACCUUCACAAGUCGUCAGUUGUUACUAUAGAAGAAAGUAACGACCCGUAUGGUGUGUUACACAUUGAUCCCGUCUAUAUCACCGUACCAGAAGAGUACCAAGACGUCAACCUAACUAUCAAACGCACAGGUGGUAUAUUCGGCGUUGUAAGCGUGGUAGUUAGAACAGUGGGUGGGGGAGAGUCGUGGACGUCCCAGAUUAACCCCAAGGAAGGCGACGGUAACGAUACAAUCAGAGAAGUUCUGUACAACAGAGAUAAAUUGACGUCUGCUAUGUCGUCCCAGGACUACAUUGUUUUAGACACGUCUGUCACAUUUAACCAAGGUGAAACUGUCAAGUUUGUAUCAGUGACGAUUCUUGGUGAUGAGAUAGCUGAACCAGACCAAACUGUCCUCGUUUAUUUAACUCAGCCAACAGGGGGCGCUAGAAUAGCUGCCGGAGAAGUAGAUGGUGGCAGAAAGGGUUUUGCUGUUAUCACUAUAGAGAGAAAUGACUUGUCUAGUGGUAUGAUAGGGUUUGCCCAGGAUUCACUAAAUGUCAUAGCCGACGAAGAUGCCAGAAAACCUGCCACACUAAAACUUGUCCGUUCUCUGGCAAUAUACGGACAGAUUGAGAUAACGUGGAAAGCAAAGAAGGAUAUUGACAGUACAGAGCCAGAGGAUGCUGUAUUCGGUAAACAACUUGAGAGCACAUCGGGCACGGCAGUUUGUCCAGCACUGCAGAAAAAUUGUCUCUUUAACGUGACACUAGCUGAUGAUGAGGAACCAGAAGAAGAAGACACCUUUAAAGUGGUGUUAAUGUCAGUAUUAAAUGAUGCUAAACUUGACCCUGAUGCUUCCAUAGCAACAGUUACCAUGGUAGCUAGUGAUUAUGUCAGAGGACUUAUAGAAUUUAUUGAUGAAUCCAGAGAAGUGGUUGUGAACAACGCAGAUUCAAAUGUAAGACUUGGUGUAAGGCGAGUAAAAGGGUUAAAGUACCAAGUGUCAGUCGACUACCGAACCCGACAGAUGAAUGCACAGGAAUAUAUCAACGGGGUCACAGUUUCACCGGCUCUAGCAGGAAAAGAUUUCUCCCAGCAAGUAGGAGAAAUGGUGUUUGAACAGGAUCGACAAGAAAUCAAAUUCAUUGACAUCAAUUUGACGCCAUUUUUAGCUGCCCAGACUGGUUAUCCAAAACAGUUCUAUAUUGAGCUAAAUAACCCAUCAAAUGGUUCAAGUUUGAACCCCGAAGCAUCGAAAGCAUAUAUACUUAUAGCCGAACCCAAAGAUCAGGAUAUCUGGCAGAUAGUUAAGGAUAUAGAUGGCAAACCCCUUACAGAUGAUAAUAUCAAAGAUAUCAUAGGCCAGUUAAAUGGUGAUAUAAACACCAAUGAGGAUGUCACUGGCGAUCAAAUAGCACUGGUUGAGAAAAUACUAGAGGGCAUUGUACAGGAGGGCCUGAAUAGAAAAAUUCCUACAACAUUGAUUGGUCAGUUGGUAGAUUUAUUAUGUAAAUUGUUGAGUCCCGACAGGCUUUUGCCCCCAGAGGGCGCCCCGGACCUUGCUUUACAGGGGAAAAAACGUGGCGUACAUGAUGGUCAGGGUCAAUUCCCCGUACCGCCCCACCCAACGAAAAAUCCCUUACAUUCCAAACAAUGUCCUCACGCUAGUAUAGCAGCAGGAAGAUGGCCGCUGGGGAAGAUUAAAAGUUUCCAAUAUGCUGGACAGAGACAGGAUAAAUUUAUCAUACCACCAGAACUUCCCAAUGUACCGGACAAUCGAGACUCCGAGUGUGAAGACUUCCACAUGAUAGAGUACAGUAGUGAACAGUGGUUCCAGAAGGGUUCAAGCAGACAGCUCCUUAGUAGCAAGGUGAUAUCAUUCGGUCUGAAGGGACGUGAAUCCACAUAUUCAGAUUACCCGGUGACUUAUCGUAUACACAGUCCUGAUAGACGUAUUGCAACCAGCCGUGCUAAAUGUGUGUACUACAACAUGGGUCUGAAUCAAUGGGUCGACCUCAAAGACAUCUGUCAGGUGACGAACGACCUCAAUCUUGGUGUUGAUGACUUCGUUGAUUGUUCCUGCAAGCACCUGACUCAUUAUGCUGUCAUGGCAACCACAUCUGACCGCGGCCUUGUGGGAUAUUCCGUCUGGUUUUUUGUUUCCUGUUUCAUCUGUAUGACUGGUUUACUUGCAGCAAUUUUAGCUCAUCAUAUAUGCUCUGUGAGCGCCAUGUUUAGUGCCAGUCUCCUCAUGCACAUGUGCUUUGCAGCCAUGGCAACACAAAUAUGUUAUGUGGUGGCAGCCUAUCUCAGUCCGGAUGAGAUUAUAGUAUAUACAGUAGGGGAAGAUAACUACAGAUGUAUUGUUAUGGGAUUAUUUCUACAUUAUUUCUUCCUCUGUCAGUUCUCCUGGAUGAUGACUCAGGCUUUGAAUUUCUGGAAGAUUUUAGUGUUAAAUGAUGAACAUACAGACAGAAAAUAUGUUCUUUUCUUCCUGCUUGGAUGGGGUAUCCCAGUGGUUAUAAUUGCUGUAUUUUAUGUGGUCACCUUUAACCUCUACAGAUAUGUUUAUGAUUUACCAUAUGAUUACAUAUACGGAGAUGUUAACAAUAAUGGACAAAUGUGUUUUAUCACGAACCCCUAUGCGGGUCUAGGAGGUUUGAUCCUGCCAGUGUUACUGAUGCUGGUUGUGGUUGCUGUGGUGUUUGUGAAGGCAUUCCAGGUGACGCCACAAUGGCAGGCCUACGAUGAUAUAUACAGGGGAAGAUAUAAUAUCAGUGAGGUGCGAACGUUGUUGUUAUUCUGGGCAGUGAUUAUUAUAACAUGGAUGUGGGGAGGACUUCACCUUGUUUACGGACAUCUCUGGAUGUUAAUAAUGUUCUGUAUAUUCAACAUAUUACAGGGUCUGAUGGCGUUAAUCUUAUAUUCUCUACUGAGGAACCCGUGCCUCGCACAUUGUUUCGGACCUCAGCGAGCCAGUUCUUAUUCAAUGACAGGUCACAUGUUUGAGCCUGGUCAGACACAGACUGCACCAAACCCCGGUACAGGUCAGUACCAGUUCCAUCCGGCUACACUAGAUGUUGGAAGUUUGAAAGGUUCACGAGCCUCUCUCCUAAAUGAGAGUUGGGAACGCGAUUCUAUUCCAGCUUCGAGAACGACUCGCAGUACUAUGAAAGUGAAGAGAACUCUUCCUACUGGAGGUAACCUCUACAUCGAACCACCAGUGUACCACCAGAAUACAAUCUCAGAUACUAAAGACUUUGAAGAUUUAUUAUACGCGUUGAAAACUGGCGGAAGUUUUACGCCAAGUGACGGUAGUGGCGAUAGUGACAGGGCGUCGGAAAUGUCGAGUAAUAUUGAUAAGUACGAGCUUCGUCGGAUAGAUAUAGCUGAUACACAUUUGUAGAGAUAUAAAUAGACAUAUCAAUGUGACAUGAUCUGCAAAAAUGUGACAUGAUCCAUAAAAAUGUGACAUGAGCCAAAACGAGAUUAUUUUAUAUUCGUAAAUACACAUAUUUAUCAUUUUGGUACAGUUAUUUUUAUGAAUAAUCAUGUCCAUAUUGGAAGGAGAGUAAAAUAAAGGGAGGUAAUUUUGAUUGAAGCUGAUGACAAGUGAAACACAGUGUAAAAUUAUGCCAGAGAUUCUUUAUUCUCUAUAAUACAUUGACACCAAAGACUG